AUGCCUACAUCAACCACAAUCUCAAACACCGCCUUAGGCACCAGCACUCCUUCAGUUGCCUCAUACGAUAUUGGAAAGGCAUCUCGCGAAUCAACCCACGAUAAACACAAAGCAGCCAUUGAUGCUGAAAUUACCGCCCUAGGCCCUGCUCCCGAUGGUGGUCUAACAGCCUGGCUCAACGCUUUUGGCGGCUUCUGCAUCUUCUUCUCCUGUCUCGGCUUCACAUCUUGCUUCGGAGUGCUCCAGCAAUACUAUUCCACCCACCAACUGAAAGACCACAGCAUGGAUCAGAUUGCGUGGAUAGGCAGUUUAGCAAGUUUCAUCCAGUUUGCUGGAGGCGCUAUUGGAGGGCCGAUGUUUGAUCGUUAUGGAGUUUGGAUGAUGCGACCCGCAACACUCACCUACGUCUUUGGUCUGAUGAUGGUCUCAUUGUGCAGCGAGUACUACCAAUUUUUCCUUGCGCAAUCCAUCCUCAUGGGCUCCAGCGUAGCUUUCCUUCAAUUUCCAGCGUUUGCAGUAAUGGGACAUUACUUCGACAAGCGACGCGCCGCCGCCCUCGGUAUCGUGGUGUCCGGGUCAUCCAUUGGCGGUGUUAUCUUUCCCAUUGUCUUGUCUAAACUGCUCAACAGCUCCUCUCUGUCCUUCGGCUGGUCCAUCCGCAUCGUUGCUUUUAUCAUGCUUCCCUUCAUGGUCUUUGCUUGCUUCGUUAUCAAGCCGCGUAUCCCGCCCCGCAAGACCACGAUCUUCAUUGGCGAAGCAUGGAAGACCAAGCAGUACGUGCUGCUUGUUGCAGGACUAUUCUUCAUGAUGAUGGGCAUGUGGAUACCGGUCUUCUAUCUCCCAGUCUAUGCUGUUAGCCGGGGCAUGAGUCCGCUACUGGCAUCCUACCUUCUCGCCAUGAUCAAUGGGUCUUCGACAUUCGGUCGGAUCAUCCCAGGAAUACUAGCAGAUAAGCUCGGUGGAAUGAACAUGUUCGCUUUCGCAGGCAUUAGCACUAGCGUCAUGGUGUUCUGCAUCAACGAGCCAGCAACUAACGCUAGUAUCAUUGUCUACUCCAUCUUCUUCGGUUUCGUCUCCGGUACCAUCAUAUCGGCUGGCUCAGCAGCAAUCUCCAAGUGCACCAAGGAUCCGAGGAACAUUGGGACGUACAUGGGUAUGGGCAUGGGUAUUGCGGCGUUUGCUGUUCUCAUCGGUCCUCCCAUCAACGGCGCGCUGAUCGAUCGGUAUGGCGGCUUCAGGGAGGUAUCGAUCUUUAGUGGUGUAAUGAGCUUGAUGGGUGGGCUCAUUGCAUUGUCUGGCAAAUUCGCCACUGCAGAAGGUAUCUUUGGGAAGGUCUGA